UGCUUAUAAAUGACAAGGUGACAGUUUGCCCCCUCCUACAUUCAUUGACUGCCGCUGUGUGUGAGAGCAGCUAAUCCCGGACCCUCCGAAAGCUGUAACAAACCGGUUCCAACCAUGUAUGCCUGCGCCAAGUUUGUCACUUCUCCUGCUGUGCUGCGUGGGGGGUCCAGAGUCCUCGCCCGGCCAGUCUCAGUCUCCCUCUUCAACAGACCUGAAGCCACAGUGGAGCAGCAGGCCCUGUUGCCAGUCAGCCAGUCUGCAGUCCUGACACGCUCCUUCCAGACCAGCGCUGUCUCCCGGGACAUCGACACUGCCGCCAAGUUCAUUGGUGCUGGUGCUGCCACAGUGGGUGUGGCCGGCUCAGGAGCUGGAAUCGGAACAGUGUUCGGCAGCCUCAUCAUUGGCUAUGCCAGGAACCCCUCCCUGAAGCAGCAGCUCUUCUCCUACGCCAUCCUGGGCUUUGCCCUGUCUGAGGCUAUGGGUCUCUUCUGUCUGAUGGUGGCGUUCCUCAUCCUGUUUGCCAUGUAAACCUGGCAACACAUCCACACCUCCUUCCCCUUCACUUACCCCCCUCUACCUCCUUCUCCCUGUCUUCUCCCUUUUCUCCCUUCUCCCUCCCUCCCUUCCUUCCAUCCGGAGGGGGGUUUCCAGAACGGGAACUCUGAACGAGCUGUUAGGCCAUUCCAAUCAGCGGAAGAAAUAUUAAAGGAAAAAUAUUUACAUCUGAGGUUAGCAAACCUCCAAUCCUACAUUUUUAUGUUCCUACACUUAUUUUUGUUUUUCUGAAGUUUUAUGUAAAACCUCACUUCGGUUGAAAUAAUCUGUCCAAAAUAAAUGGUUGGGAUAACUAAAAGUC